UGACUUGAUUGUCUUGAUUUUUGGGUGACAUUUUAAAAUAUAAAACAUCUACUUCCCGAAACUACUGGGGCGAUGGCUCCACCCAGCGAUUGUAACAUAUUGUGAUUAAACAGACAAAGUACUGAGCCCUUCCUGCUUGUGAAAUCGGAGAUAAAAUGGGCCUGGACACAAAGUGACACCUGCGCAAGCCACAAACAAAAGGACUAAUAUAUUACAGUGUCUUAAGCCGUGAGGAAGAGAAUACUGACUGCACUUCAAUUCUGAGUUGGGAAUCUAUCAUCACUGACAUGUCAAAAGUAUCAAAAUGGUUGUUAAUCUCCGUCUUACUUGCUGCCUUUAUCUUCAUCUUCUUCUACAAACUGAGAGUGGACAGGACAGUGAGGUCCAUCCCACAACCCCGUGCAGCUCCAAAUGCAUGCCCCUUCAGGGUCUCUGAUGACACCAUCACCCCCCUCAGCAAUACCAAGCACUUACUGGUGUCAGCCUUCAUGGACCAGAGAGUGAAGGGCUUUGACAUUCGCAUCAUUGGAAUAUUCAGGAGAGACUCCAUCCAACCUCUUUACUGUGUUUUCUGCUGUUCAGGCCAUUUAUCAACUACAACUGCAACAACAAUUUUACAACACACGGACAACUUUGGUUUUCCCUUCGCCACGACGGAUGUCAUGUGUCCGAUCCCUCAAAACUGCAAGGCUACACAUGUUAGUCUUCAGACUCAGCAAGACAGAGUGGAGGUAUUUAACCAAACUUGGCUUCCAAUAAGAAACCAGAAGGGGAAGGAGGAGAAGAUGUUUGACUUCACAGUCUGCGUGUCCAACCUGUUUGGAGAAUACAACAAUGUUCUUCAGUUUGCACAGACCCUGGAGAUGUACAGGUUGCUGGGUGUGGACAGAGUGGUGAUCUAUAACACCAGCUGUGGCCCAGACCUCGAACGCCUGCUGCAGGGCUACAGCCAGGAGGGCUUUGUGGAGAUGGUUCCUUGGCCAAUCGACAAGCAUCUGAAUCCAUCUCGUGGCUGGCUUUUCUCAAUGAGUGGGGGGGACGUGCACUACUUUGGUCAGCUGGCCACGCUUAAUGAGUGCAUUUACAGAUCCAUGGACCGCUCCCGAUACGUCCUGUUGAAUGAUAUUGAUGAGAUUAUAAUGCCGUACCACCACAACAACCUAAAGCUACUCAUGGAAACGCUCCAACAGCAGCAUCCAAAUACAGGGGUGUUCUUGAUUGAAAAUCAUGCCUAUCCCAAGAAACCCUUUGAGGAAAGUAAAAUGGGUCCACUGCCUCAAUGGAAAGGAGUGCCAGGUUUUAAUAUUUUGGAGCGCAUCUACAGGGAGGAGCCUGACAGAAGUAUAUACCACCCCCACAAGUUGAUAGUUCAGCCAAGGUCAGUGGAGCAGACCUCAGUCCAUGAGGUCCUCAAGACAUUUGAUAAAAUAUUCAAGGUUCCACCAGAUGUCUGUCGGGUCAUUCACAGCCCAAUCAAAGUCUCAAGUCAACGCCCGCAAGAAUUUCUCCAUGUAGACACUCGACUGUGGGACUUUGAAGAGAAACUGAUCACCAGAGUGAACGAGGCGCUGAGUAGAACGGGGCUGCUGAGCUCAGAGGGGUAGAGCUGAACAUAUGAUCUGGCUAAGUUUAGAAUAUCACCUACAGAACAUAUAAAACUAUGUUGGUACAAUCUAGGCAGGAAAAUUAAAAAAAAACAAACUUUAAGAUGAAUUAUUU